UGCGCGGCAGUCGGCGGGCGGAUGCACGGCGGGGUCGCGGCGAGGGAAGAGCUUAGCGCGUAAUCCGGCUGCAGGCGGCAGAGGCAGCUGGCGGCGGCGCCGCGAAUGACAACGCCUCUAAUCCCUCGCCGUCACCGCAACAAUAGCACCUGCAGCGCCAGUGCCGGCAGCCGACACACGCGCCAGCAACCACGGCGACUCCCCGACGACCGGCCGCUGCAGCCAUAGCUUCCAUUCCAGUGUCACGGCAGUAAGCCAAGUGCUGUCGAGAUUUUGAGCCAUGUACUUCACCGGCCAGCUUCUGGCAGCGCUGCUGUUGGCGUGCAGCGCGUUCUCUCCAGCCGAGAGCUCCUGCGCCGGCCUUGAGAGCUCCUCGUUUUGCGGCGGUGAUGUCUCCGCGGCCCUCAAGCUGACACUGACAGACGAUCCAGUGGUGCCGGUACCAAUUCGCAAGAGGUUGGCGCCGACGCCUGCUACAACUACUGCAGCGACAUUGGCAACGAGGCUACCACUGACUACUGAGUCAUCAACAACUUCGGUGAACACGGAAGAUCCCGGGGAAAUGCUGUACACAUUCAAUUACGAGGAUUACGGCAGCUACGAAUUCACACAUCUGGGGCCAAGAUUUGACGAGGCAGAGAAGACAGCAGAAGAGAAGGAAAGAGAGAGAGUGGAAAAAGAACGCAAAGAGUACGAGGCAAAGUACUGCGCCGACCAGGCUGGCGACAUCGAAGUCACCAAUCUGCAGGACACUGGUUUCCAGGUCCCUGCCAACUACGAGGUGUUCCCCGGAGUGGGCAUCUACCGCUUCCACCGGGCGGCGCUGCCGUGGGAAGAAGCGCGGCGCAAGUGUGAGAAGGAGGGUGCCCACCUGCUGGUCCUCAACUCGGAGGAGGAGUGGAACGUCGUGGACAGUCUGAUGAGGCGCUGCCCCGAGCUGCUCGACUCGCAUUUCAACUACUACUCCUACAUCGGCGUCCACGACAUGCGCAAGGAGAACCACUUUGAGACUGUGCUCGGCGGCCUGCUGGAGGACACGGGCUACGUGCGCUGGAUGCCGGGCCAGCCGGACAACGCGCACCACCUGGGCGAGAACUGCGUGACGGUGAGCCGCGACGGCGCCUUCAACGACGUGCCCUGCUCCACGCCGCUGCCCUACGUCUGCGAGCACGACUCCUACUAGCUGCGCGCCACCGCCCCCAAACUCAAAACUGCUUCCUGUGCAAUCUGCUGAAACGACUGAGACGCGUGCAAAAUUUUUUGGAACAAAAUCGCAGCUACCUGUAAUAGCCUGAAAUGCAUUAACGUAUCUUCCAUAUUUAUGUCAGUCAAUAUAUUUUACUAUAUACA